AUGGCGAACAAGAAGGGCCAGCAGGAAAUGGUUCAGGUUGAUAACUCCGAACGCGCCGAGUCCCCUUUUUGGGCUGGUCGGAAUGCAUCCCUGAACCAAGGUUCGCCCAAGGCCUACGGCCAGAACACCGUCGUCGGCGCUUCAUACUCCCACGCCAGCAUUGUUCAAACCGGGUCAUCUCAUCACCGAACAAAGACACCGCCUCGGCCGACGGGAAAUGCCCCGUACCCCGCGUCGCACCUGGCGAAUCGAUCGGGAAACGUAGUCGCCUCACCUCCCCGGCAAGCAUACCCUGGAAUCAUGUCACAAGGCGCGAAUGAAUGGGCUCGAGACCCCACGCAAGAGGACGACGAUGACGAUGACGAUGAUGACGAAAUUGUGUACGAUGACGACGAAGAUGAAUUCGGCCUUCCUAGCCUUGCCAGCAUGCGCAGAAAGAAGGCGGCAACUUCCAAAUCCAAGAACCUCGAUUCUGGGGGAACAAUGGAAGGGAACCCGACUUCUCUGGGAUUUGGACUGGCCGCUGCCAAUAGACAGCGCGCCAAUAGCUCCGAUAUCGCCGAAGAGCGCGGAACCCCAAUGUACCCCACGGCGCGCAAACAUGAAGGCAAAAUCCUGCGUCCACAGUAUAAGGAUAUCUUGCAAGAUCCUGCAAACGCAUUGAAUCUCAUCAACCACUCGUCCCCACCUACCAAUGCCUCCCCGAAGGAGAGAGAAAUACAUUCCAGCCGCAUUACGCGCAUCAACAAGUUCAAGCGCAUUCUACAGGCUAGCACGGUAUCUCUUACUGAGCUGCGGGACCUGGCAUGGUCUGGAGUUCCUGAAGAGGUUCGGCCGAUGACCUGGCAGCUACUUCUCGGGUAUCUUCCAACAAACAGUGAACGGCGCAUAUCAACACUCGAGAGGAAGCGCAAGGAAUAUCUUGACGGAGUCCGACAGGCGUUUGAACGUGGCAGCGGAAGUGUUGCGAACCCUCCUGCCUCGAGUACGGGACGUGGACGAGGAUUGGACGAGGCCAUCUGGCACCAAAUUAGUAUCGAUGUUCCUCGCACCAGCCCUCAUAUCCCUCUCUAUGGCUACGAAGCCACGCAGCGAUCCCUAGAACGUAUCCUCUAUGUAUGGGCUAUUCGGCAUCCGGCGAGUGGCUACGUUCAGGGUAUCAACGACCUGGUCACCCCAUUCUGGCAGGUCUUCCUCGGAGUGUACAUUACCGAUCUCAAUGUUGAAGAGGGCAUGGAUCCGGGCCAAUUACCUCGCAGUGUUUUGGACGCGGUGGAGGCUGAUACGUUCUGGUGUCUGACAAAACUGCUCGAUGGCAUUCAGGACAAUUACAUCUACGCCCAGCCUGGAAUUCACCGACAGGUCAGAGCGUUGCGGGAUCUGACGAAGCGCAUUGACUCGGCUUUGGCCAAUCAUUUGGAACAAGAGGGUGUGGAAUUUAUGCAAUUUAGUUUCCGGUGGAUGAACUGUUUGCUCAUGCGGGAAAUGAGCAUAAGAAAUACGAUUCGCAUGUGGGAUACGUACAUGGCCGAGGAGCAGGGCUUCUCUCGAUUCCACCUUUAUGUUUGUGCUGCAUUCUUGGUUAAAUGGACAGAUCAGUUGGUCAAGAUGGAUUUCCAGGAGGUUAUGAUGUUUCUCCAAGCAUUGCCAACAAAGGACUGGACCGAGAAAGAUAUCGAGCUCUUACUGAGCGAAGCCUUCAUCUGGCAGAGCUUGUUCCAGGAUUCACGCGCCCAUCUUCGACCGACAGGGAACGAGCCUCCUGAAAAUGGUAUCUUUUAUUGA